AUGAGUAUGAUUGAAGCAUUAUUAUGCUUGAGAAUCUUGUUCCUGACACAACUGCUUUGGAUUUUCCUGUGUUUUCCUGGACUCACUCAGGCUGGGCAUCUGCACUACCACAGUUCCAUAGAAGUGGUGAUUCCCAUGAAGGUAACUGAGAAAACCAGAGGAAUGAACCUUCCAAACUGGAUCUCCUAUAGAUUUAAACUUGGAGGUCAGAGAUACAUCAUCCACAUGAAGAUCAAGAAUCUUUUUCUAACCAGGCACCUUCCAGUGUUCACCUACUCUGAACAGGACUCUCUGCUUGAAGAUUACCCUUUUGUACAGGAUGACUGCUACUACCAAGGUUAUGUGGAGGGUGACUCAGAAUCAUUAGUUUCCCUCAGUGCCUGUUUUGGAGGCUUUCAUGGACUAUUAGAAAUAAAUAACAUUGUUUAUGAAAUUAUGCCCAAGAAGUUUUCUACCAAAUUUGAACAUCUGGUCUAUAAAAUGGACAGUAAUAAAACAGAAUCAAGGAGUUCCAGCCUUAUGCACGAUAACAUAACAUGCCAAGUAGAGUUACAAAAAAGUGGCAAUCUCACUCUCAAGCAAAGUAGUUUUGAAGGCUGGUGGACCCAUACUAGAAUUGUUGAAUUCGUAGUAGUGGUGGAUAAGACUCUAUAUGACCACUAUGGAAAUUACACAAUAAUGCAGUCAGAUCUAUAUUCUGUGAUAAGUAUAGUGGAUACCAUUUAUGAGGUAAUUGGUAUUAAAAUAUUAUUGGUUGGUUUAGAGGUUUGGAAUAAGAAAAACCUUAUUGUGAUAGAUGAUGUAAGAAAAUCUUUAAGACUAUAUUGCCAGUGGAAAGCCUCAAACUUUCUUCAUCGAUUAAAACAUGAUGCCUCACAUCUUUUCAUAUAUAGGCACUUGAGAGGAUUAAGCGGCAUAGGUUCCACUGGGGGAAUUUGUGAUCCAAGAAGUAGUUGUGCAGUUGUUACUUUCAUAGACAGAACUUUGAGCCUUCGUGCCAUUGGAGUAGCUCAUCACUUAGGUCAUAAUUUGGGCAUGAAACAUGAUGAAGAUACAUGUAAGUGUAGUUACAGAAAAUGUAUAAUGCACAUGGACAGCCCACCGAUACCCAAAUUCAGCAAUUGUAGUUAUGAUUACUUUUGGUCUUACACUAUAAAGAACACAAGCUGUUUGAUGGAAAACAUGUACACGAAGGAUAUCUUUGACACAACACGCUGUGGAAAUGGUGUUGUUGAAGACAAAGAACAAUGUGACUGUGGAUCAUUAAGGAAUUGUACAAAUGACCUUUGCUGCAUGUCAAACUGCACUCUGAGUACUGGGUCUUCCUGUGCCUUUGGACUUUGCUGCAAAAACUGUCAGGUUUUACCAUCAGGGACUCUGUGUAGAAAAAGUGAUAACUUGUGUGACCUUCCAGAGUGGUGCAAUGGAACGUCCCAUAAAUGUCCAGAUGAUGUUUAUGUAGAAGAUGGAAUUCCCUGUGGGGUCUCAGCCUAUUGCUAUGAAAAGCAAUGUAAUGACCGCAAUGAGCAUUGUAAGCAGAUUUUUGGCCAGAAUGCAAAGACUGCAAGUGUACAUUGCUACAGAGAAAUAAACACUAAAGGUGAUCGUUUUGGCCAUUGUGGUCUUCAGGGAUCUACCUACAUAAAAUGUAAAAACAAUGAUUCUCUUUGUGGAAGAAUUCAAUGUGAUAAUGUGGUAGAAAUUCCCAAUAUGACAGAUCACAGUACUGUUCACUUUGCUGUUGUCAAAAAUGUAUCUUGCUGGGGCACUGAUUACCACACAGGGACAAGCCUAACGGAUAUAGGUCAUGUGAAAGAUGGAACAGAGUGUGAGCAAAAUCAUAUCUGUAUCCAUAGGCAUUGUGUACAUAUAUCUGCAUUAGACAGCAACUGUUCACCUGCGUUCUGUAAUUACAGGGGCAUCUGCAACAAUAAACAUCACUGCCACUGCAACUUCCGCUGGGAUCCUCCUAACUGUAGGAUUAGAGGACAUGGAGGUAGCGUGGACAGUGGCUCACCUCCUAAAGGAACGAAAAAGAAGCAUUUCUUCUAUCUGCUUCUAUUACAGCUCAUUAUUUUGGCUUGCUAUUUAAGUUGGAUUCUUUGGCUACUUUGUAAUACAAAAGGAAGUAAACAAAAGCGCCAGGUUCAGCCUACACCUGUAAAAACAAAGAAAGUUCCAAGCCAAAAACCUAGUCCAGUACCUUCCCAGAGUCUACCUGAGUCAAGAAUGCCAUCACCAUCUGCUUCACCAACACCAUCCAUAAAAAGUACCAAUUAA